UGUGUGUGUGUGUGUGUGUGUGUGUGUGUGUGUGUGUGUGUGUGUGUGUGUGUGUGUGUGUGUGUGUGAGACAGGAGUUACUGUUAGUUUCUGUAAUGCCACACUGUAUGUAGGAGCUGAACCCACAGAGAAAUUCUGUGCUUGUGUUGUGUUGUUGUGUUGUUGUGUUGUUGUGUUGUUGUGUACAUUACAUGCGUUUGUGUUUGUGUAAAAUGUCAGCGCUGAACGCUUCUGCAGGGACGGCUGUGUUCAUCUUGUCUCUUUUAUCCGUGCCUUUGUCCUACAGCUUUAAUCACCUCAUCACCACACAAAGCACUGAGACUGUCCUUAUUGCUGCUGCAUCAGUUCUUGUCCUUUUCUCCCAUAUAACACAAGUCCUACUGAACACUAAAGCUCCCACUGAUCCCGUCUUCUACGUGUAUGCUCUGUAUGCAUUACUGAGUGUAGUGAACCUAAUAAUAGGCCUCGAGCAGGAUGGCAUCAUCGACGGGUUUAUGACCUUUUACCUGAAACAGGCGAAUCCUCACAUUAACACGGCUCACGGUCACAUGAUCUCCUACUGGGAUGGAUGUGCUCACUAUCUGAUGUACCUGCUGAUAGUGACUGCAAUAACAUGGGGAGAAAGUUACAGAGCGAUCGGUCUGUACUGGGUCGGAUCUUUCCUGAUGCAAAUCCUUGUUUACAUUCCAGGCAGUGUGGUGGGUAAAUAUGGAACUCGGCUGAAUGCUCUAUUUAUGCUCCAACUGCUCUUUGUGUGUGUCUCCAUGUGGGCCUGUUUUAGAGUGUUUAACCAGCCUGCAACCCGAGACCAACCAGUAACAAAUGUUCGGUGUGAACAGAAGAAGUCCCUGUUACAAAGACCUGUGGAUUUGUUCUUCAUGCUCAGCCUCAUCACUGCUACAACCUUCUCUGUUCUCAGAGGCCUGGUGGUUCUGGACUGUCCUGCUGAUUGGUGUCGUGAAUAUGUGCUACAUUAUGAACCAUACCUUAAAGACCCCUCAGCAUAUCCAACUGUACAGAUGUUAGUGAACAUGCUCUAUUCCACUCCAUGUGUAAUAAUGAUGAUGUAUGGUCUGUGUGUUCCGGGUUGUGAUUGGCUGCCAGAUCUGAGUCUGGUGCACGCAGGGGCCAUGGCACAGGCUCAGUUCUGUCACAUUGGAGCAUCACUACACACUCGGACUCCCUUCAUGUUCCGUGUUUCAAGCGAGCAACUGCUCUUUUUUUUCACCUUCAACCUGUUCUACGCUUUAGUACCUCAGGCGCUUAGUUACCGCUGCAUCAGCCAUCCUGCCUUCUUCAUCAGCAAAACCCAACAAAGCCGGACUGACUGACCCUCCCUACAGAGUCCCCUCAGUACUGACCCUCCCUACAGAGUCCCCUCAGUACUGACCUCCCAUACAGAGUCCCCUCAGUACUGACCCUCCCUACAGUGUCCCCUCAGUACUGACCCUCCCAUACAGUGUCCCCUCAGUA